AUUGCAGAGCCAUAUCCCUACUCUUCCAGUGAGAAGGACAUGUCAGCUGAGACAUACAGAGACAGCAGUUCCUACCAGAGCGUUUUCCAACGAAAAUCACCCGGCUCGUCUUCGCUGCAGGUGGAGGCCCGCCGUUCCAUACAUCCAGAACGCCAGGCCCAGGCGGCGGAGAAGGCUUUGGGGAGCAAUGCAGAAGCCAAGCGAUACCUCCCCCUCUGGCUCCAGCUCCUGGUGUUCGGGCUGCUGGCUGCCUUCCUGGCCUUCAUCUACUUCUUACAGGGAGGGGCUGGUGAUAAUCCCUUUGUCAAGUCUAUUAGUCAGUGAAGUCUUGGCUUUUAUUACUAAGGCUUUUUAUCCCCAAGAGCCUAGGCCAAUCUUAGCUGACAUGGUUCCCUUGGAUGUCACAUCCCGUUGGCUGGCAUGCUGUGAUUUGCAGUCUUAACCCAGUCAGAGGGCAUCGCAAUGGCCAGGAGAAGCCUAGAAUUUUGUGUGGGGUUUUUUGGGGGCUCUGUGUGUGAAUGUUUUUGUCAGUUAAGUGCCUUUUUGUCAGUUAAUGGGGAGGGGGGGGAAGGAAGUGGUAUAUUGAGGGCCAGGGAUGGAAAAGUUUCUACCAACUUUCCAGAGAUAAGGCUACUCUCCAUACUUGGGGCCAUCCCCUUCCUGAAACCAGCUAACAUGGGGCAUUUUUAUCUGCUGAUUUUAUAAGCUUGUCUUUAUAUCAGGAGUAUGGGUGGCUUCUUAUGAGGGGAUGGGAGGGCAUGGAGGGAAGAAUUGUAUCCUAUCAAUUGCUUUGUUGGUUUUAAAUAUACAAAUGUACGGAAUAUCUAAAUAAACCUCCUCAUUUUUUAA